AUGAAGUUCUUCGAUUACUGCGAUGACAAUAAGAUCCUUUUAGCAACAUAUCCUCCACAUUCAACGCAUUCACUGCAGCCGCUUGAUGUUGGGAUCUUCAGCCCGCUUUCCCACGCCUACAGCAGCGAACUGGAGGCAUAUCUGCAUAUAUCCAUGGGACUAAGUCAUAUUACAAAACAGGACUUCUUUCGCCUCUUCUUCCCGGCCUGGGUAAAGGCCUUAUCAAGCAAAAAUAUUAUAUCUUCUUGGAGAACAGUUGGAAUACAUCCCUUCAACCCUGAAAUUGUUCUGGCGAGAUUUAGCAGAGAACCGCAGUCAAGGCCAUCAACAAAGAAUAUUCUUCUAAAGCUUCAAUGCAAGGGCCUCCAGAUAGCCCUCCAGAAUAAGAAGAAGAAGCGUCAGCGCGGAAAGCCUUUACAAUUUCAAUUAAAAGCUUCAGACAAUGGUGGUGCAGUUUUUUACUCCCCUCAAAAAAUUCAGCAGGCGCAAGACCUUCAGCUUGGAAAGGAAAGAGCUGCUGAACAGCUAAAGGCCUCUAAAGAGGAGCAAAAGGUCCGCCGGCAGCAAGAGAAAGAGGCAAAGCAGCGCCUGAUUGAGGAUCACAGGAAAAUCCAGGCAUCUCAGCAAGAAAUACACUGCCUGGAGGCAGAGCAAAAGAGGCAGGAGAAAGAGGAUGCCCGUAUAUCAAAGGAGGCCGCGAAGCAGCUUCAAAUUGACUUCCAACAGGCAAAGAAGACUCCAAGGAAGUCCUCUAAAGCUUCAAAUCAUACAGAUACACAGGACACUGGCCCGCCAUCUCAUGUUGUUGUUGAAGAGGUCCCUCCUACAGUAAAUCGGCGAGGCCGCGAGAUCCGGCUCCCACAGCGCUUUCGGACCAAUUAA